GAAAGAGCGGAAGGAAAUGCUAAGGUGCAGAUCACCUCUAUUGCUGGCGCUGAGGAUGCUUUCAUCAUCUUCCCACACCUCUAACCCCAACCCUAUAUUCCGUCUUCCCUGCACUUCUCGACCAAUCUGUGCUCUCCCCCUCAGGACUCGUCUCUCUAAUUCUUGCAGUUCCACUCGGAGGAUGACGCUGUCCAAGUGCUUCACUGGGGCCGCUGCUGACCCGAUUCCCGUCUCUUCUUCGGGCCAAACCCAUUGUCGCCAGAACCCCGAGGAACCCGACUCGAACUCACUCGUGGUCGUCUCCUUUUACAGGUUUGCUGACUUUCCAGACCAUGCUGAUUUGCGUAAACCCUUGAAGCAACUUUGCGAGGACCUGCGUGUUUCAGGUGGCAUCAUUCUUGCCCCUGAAGGGAUCAAUGGUAGCAUUUGUGGCACACGGGAAUCGGUGGAAAGAAUCCUUGGAUUCAUUCAAACUGAUGGCCGCUUAAAAGGGUUAAGGCAGAUAGAGUCACCGGUUAGUCCUGAGCAGGAAGCUAUCCAUCAUGGACACUCUACUAGUUCUCCUCUUGCAGCAGGUGAGGAUGCACCCUUUCGGUGGGACCAUGUCAGAGUGAAGCUGAAGAAAGAGAUUGUUACUCUUGGAAUGCCAGAAGUAUCACCCAUUGAAAAGGUUGGAAAGUAUGUCAGCCCAAAGGAUUGGAAUGCUUUGAUCAGUGAUCCAGAUACUGUGGUAAUUGAUGUUCGCAAUAAUUAUGAAACUAGAAUUGGGAUGUUCAAAGGAGCAGUGGAUCCAUGUACCACAGCAUUUCGUGACUUCCCAUCUUGGGUGGAGGACCAGUUCCAACUUGAUGGUUCAGAUCUGGAGCAUGCAAAAGUGGGGAAGAAAGGAUUGGAUGAAAGCAUGAAUAAAGAUGCAGAGAUUCCAAAACAAAAAAUGCCAAAGCGGGUUGCAAUGUAUUGCACAGGAGGAAUUCGAUGUGAGAAAGCAUCGAGUUUUCUCCUCAACAAAGGUUUUGAAGAGGUCUAUCAUUUGAAAGGUGGGAUUUUGAAAUACCUAGAGGAAGUCCCCAAAACAGAGAGCCUGUGGGAGGGGGAGUGCUUUGUGUUUGACAAGCGAGUCUCUGUUGAGCAUGGUCUGGUACAAGGAAAUUUCAAGCUUUGCUAUGGGUGUAAGCAACCUGUUAGUGAUGCUGACAUGGAAGCAACAGAGUGGGAGUAUGGGGUUUCUUGUCCCCACUGUUUCUCGUCAAAGUCCGAAGAGGAGAAAGAGAGAGCAAGAGCACGACAGAGGCAAUUUGAGACUUGGGGCAUUAUUGGUGGUCUGGAUAAGGGCCGGCGACCUGCAUCAAAGCUGGAUAGUAUAAAGAGGAACCAAGCCAAGCUCUCAUCUUCAGUUUAAUCUAGUCAGCAGAUGAUCCAACACAGUCGAAAUGUUGGAAGAAUUAGUUGUAAGAGUCCGUUUUGACUCUGAAGGUUUUAGAUAGCAAUUAGUAAUUGGAGAUGUCCAACACAGUUUUGUACUGAGCUUGUAGGCAGGAAGCUUGUUAUCUCAAGAUGAGGAAAUGAGACUCUGUUUCAAACUUGUGGAAGUUGGUUUUGUGUGCCAUUUUGAUUCAGACUCCAUUAAUGUAUCUUGCAAGAAUGUCAUUACCAACUGUGUGACCAAGACUUUCGUUGGUUGCAAGUCUUGUGUCCAUGGAGAGCUGCUGUGUUUGAGCUUCGUGGCUAGUCAUGGUGGACAGAGAUAACACAAACUUACAACAAAGUGCUCAUCUCAGUUCUCAUAUCCAUAGCUAAGACUUCAUACCAUAAUUUUUACAUCUUAGUAGCAGGAAUUAGCAUGCAUUUGAUUAAUUAAAACUGAAAUUAAAUAAAUUUAAUCGAUUUUGAUUAAUUUGUUUGAAAUUUUUAUAAAUAUUAAAAAAAGAAAAAGAAAAGGUAAGAGAGAAGGGCCGAUAGCUGACGUGGCAAAAAGAGGUACGGUUGAAGCGGUGGAAGAGCGGAUAUGCACCGUUGAUGAGAAACAAUCGGAGGGUGUAAAAACGAUUAGAAAUAUAGGAGUUGAACAUUCGACAUUGGACAUAGACGGAGGCUGAAAGGGAAAGGGAUUCAAAUCCAAUUCGCCAUAAUUAAUUCUACUACCUCUUCAAGGUUAGGGUUUUUGAAAAUCGGAUUCGGAGGUAUUACGGAAUGGCAGGAGAAGGCGCUAUGUUCAAGUUCCUGAGGCCUAGGCUCCGUCCUCAGCCCGCGGAUAUCCAGGCCGCCGCUUUGUGGGGCGUCGCCGGCACUACCGCCGCUCUUUGGCUGAUCCAGCCUUUUGAUUGGUUGAAGAGGACCUUUUUGGAGAAACCACAGUCUGAGUAGAAGCAAGUGGGAUCUCGCAACUCGUUGUGAUUUUGUUUAUCAGAUUGCUGAUGAGGGAAUCGACAUUUGAAUAAUAAUGUAGUUGUAAUUUUCUGAUUGAUAGUAGUUUUACGAUGAGAAUGAGGCCACCUUGGCAUUGCUUCUUUGGAACUUUGAAAGAAACAUUAUCUUUUUCAGUUUGGGAGUUAAUUCCUGUGUUUCAGGAAUAGUUGGUGGAGAUUCUGUCUGGCAAAUGAAAAUAAAUCAAAAGAGAAAUGGCAUUGGAUAUGAA